AUGGGCUCGGCCGCCCAUGGCAAUGGCAGUGCUGCUGCCCGUAGCGCCGCUCCGCCUUCCACCACCACGUUCUCAGCCAAUGCCGACACUCCCAUCGCGGAGACGGAGGUGGGCGCAGGCACCUUCUCAUCAACCACCGCUGCAGCGACUCUGGCCUUGCCACAAAGUGAGGAGGAGGUGACGAACUAUGUGCUCUAUGACGGGUUGCCGCACGUUGGCCCCGCCUCGCGCCGGGCCCAGCAGCGGCAGAGCGAGGCCUACUACCGGUUCCAGCACCGCAUUCACGAGCGCACCGAGGCUGCGCACGCGUUGAUACUGUCCGCCAACCCGCUGUCGCUCUCCGUCAUGGACUCUCAGCUGCGCCUGUACCGCUGGCGCGUGACGCAGGCACAAACACUCACUGAGGCCACCUCCAUCUUGCAGGACUACGUUGUCGAGACGGCAAAACACGGCUACCGUGUGCGCCGUCGUGCGCCACCGCUCAGACAGAGUCGCUACGCGCAUGGACGUGGGCGUGCUACGCUGAAGCAGAGGGCGCAGGAGGAGCUGGAGAGGUUGGGUCUCAAGGACACCGUACAAGACAGCGCUGGGGCGUCUGCGGAUGGCACUCGUAUGGGCAGGGGGGUUAUCGCUGCCAGGAGACACCCCAACGACAGCGGUGCCUCCGACAGGCAUCCAGACCAAGAAGCGGAGGAGGAGGAAGAGGAGGGGCUGGACGACGCGGCCCUCGAGGAUGACGUGGAGAGCGCGCUGCCGCCGCCACCGCCUGACACGCUGCCGCGGCUGGUUCUCGUGGACGCCUUCACCCACGAGGACCUCGGCGACAUUGCCCGCCACGUGCGCUUUGUUGACCAGGAGUACGGGCUGGAGAUGCUGCUCGUGCUACUGCUUCCCAAUGAUGCCGGGAUGAUGACUGUGUCGAUGCAGGGCGCAGGCUUUGUCGUAACCCCAACGCACCACAUCACGAUGGAAGAUGCCUACGCAGCCGGGUACGACCUUGUGUUGGCGCACAGCAUGGACAAUCUCCUCGUCGACUUCUUCACGAGCGAGUUUGUGUCGUCGGUGGGACGGUGGCGCAACGACGUGCGCUCCAAGGCAGCGGUGGGCAACUACAUGAGUCUGCGCAGCGUCCUCCUCGGCGGGCUGGACAUGGAUGCCCUUCAGCGUCUCGCCUGGGAUAACCGGGUUGACGACGCCGGGGUACUGGAGGUGCUUGGAGCCCAGUCGCUCUCCACGCAGGGCGGAGCUCAACGCUACGGCGAGGCUAGCCGGAAUCUACUGCAGCAGCAGGGAGGUGCCGAGGCUGAAGUCGGCGCCAAGUGUUCCGGCAGUGGAGCGAGUCGCUGCAGCCGCAGCGGCUCUGUCGAGUCCGACGCUGACCUCGCUCAGAGCCGGGGUGAGCCAAUUCUUGGCGUGGGCGUGCCGCGGCUGCGCAGGCGCCCAACGAGUGUGGCGCACUUUGGGGUUCGUCUGCCGGCUAAUCAACACGCACUGCAUGAGCCCAUUUUGAGCUUCUCCACUAAAAGAGACGUCUUCGCUAGUGUGAUGACGCAGGAGGUGUAUCCCUGGUACUCACACUCUCGUCGUCGCUGUCAUACCGGCGAAGUGGGAGACGGGGCGGGCGGCGCCGAGGACGACGUGGACGUGUCGAAGCACCAGCAGCACCUCCUACAAGAAGCACUAGAGAAAGAGCUGGGUCGUUUGCUGGCCGAGAACGAAAGCAAGCAAGCGUCCAUCGAUGCCAUGCAAGAAGAGGUGGAGCGGCUGCAUCGCACCGUGGCCGUCCUCCGACGGCACCAGUCUGGUGCUCCUGGCGCGGCCGGCGACGGCGUCAACGCGAAAACCCUUCCGGAGCGCCCCGACAGCGGCUCAACAGUGCACCUUAGCAAGCAGCAGCAGGUGUACAUCCUCAAGGAGCGGCUGGAGAUGGCGAAUGACCGAAUUAUGACCCUUCUGAAAGGUGGGCGACCUAGCGGAGCCCCCACGUCCCCCCGUCGGCGUGGCGGACGCCGGUUCAGCGGCGGGAGCCGACGCCCUGGCGGUGGCCGUGCGGGAAGUACCGCCCAAUCACCAGAGCAGACGUCUCGCUCGAGGACGUAUUCCCCGCUUCUCAUCAACGCCAUCGUGCGGGAGGCGGAGCAGAUGACCGCGCUGGACUCGGACGCCAACUUCUCGCUCACUCAGCUGGAGCUUCACCUUCAGGAGAUGAAGGCCGCCUCUAACAACGCCGCCAGCAAAGCAGCGGCCGGCCAAAAGCAGCGCAGAGAGCGCGAGGCGGCGGACCGGGUAAUUCGCUCUCUCCAACUGGAGCUCAUGGAGCUGCAGGGGCGCCUGGAUGACACGGACUUCGGUAACAGCCAGACGGCGGCAGAGAGCUCUGAUGGGCUGCAGGCGCGCAUGGCGGGUCGCUUGCAGGCCGCGCUGGAGGUGCUGGAGGCACAGACUCUGCGCAUCCGGCAUCUGGAGGAGCUGCGGCAGAUGGAUCAGCUGCUGCUGAGCGCCACCCUCAGUCAAGAAGGUGCGAAGGGCCAGAAGAAGAAGGGUGCCGGUAGCAAUCGCAGCCCUACCGCGGGCAUCGUCGGCGCCUCAGACAACACGGACGAUGGGGACCGGAACAGCAGCUCCAGCGCGGACGGCGACGAGGUCGACGCUCUCGCAAGCAGGCGCGGUGCCGCUCGAGGUCACAGGGCACAGCGCCCGCGCGCCACAAGUAAGAAGGCAGCCAAGCCGCGCUUUGGGAUAGAAUCCGUGCCGGCUGGCAAGAAGGGGGUGGCUGGCAGUGGUGCUGGAGCGGCGGCGUCGACGCACUUCACGAAGGGAGGUGCCAAUGCAGUAAAGGUCAUCGAUAGCGACAGCACCCAAAGGGAGGGUAUGGAGGAGGCUGUCGCGCGGCACACCGAAGCUGCCGUGCAGGACGCCGUGACCUCCCUCCAAGGCUCCCAUCGCCAGCAGCUCGCUGCUCUCCUCCAGGUGUGCAAGAUGCAACUCACCCGGGUAGUACUGAAGCUUCAGAAGCCCUCCACCAGUGCGUACGCAGCGCUGCUGCAGGAGGAGCUCUCCCGUGCAGAGCAGGACCGGCACAGUGCGUGGAUGCGUCUGCAGUUUACGCUGAAUGGCCUUGCCCCGGACCAGUACGAUGCGACGCUCGCGAACGGAGCGUUAUCCUCAGCAGCAGCAGCAGCGACAGCGCCUCUCGGCGCUCUGACGGCCAUGGUGACCCCCGGCCUGGAUGCGACCGACAUCGCUGCGGCUGCUGGUCCUCUCGAUGGUGCCAAUGCGGUCCCGAUCGGUGCGGUGACGGACCCGCAGGUGCGAUGCGUGGCUGCAAGCAUCGCACGCGAGUACGCGGCGUAUGGUCUGCGCGUCGCCUACAUGACCAGCGAGCUCCAACGCGUGAAGCAGGCCAUGAUGACCUCGCAAGGGCACCAGCCGGAGUCCGCAGCCGCAGCGAUGCCCGUCGUUGCGGAUGUCCCACCCGAGCAACUUCUCUCCGCUUGCCAGGCAGCCAAGACUUACGUACAGGCCACGAUCGAGGCGUGUGGGUCGACUCAAGCUUAUCUUGAGGCUGUGCAAGCAGAACUCGUCACCGAGCAGCAGCUUCGCCCCUGGUGUGACGUGAAAAGUCAGCAGCUUUUCAGUGCAGCGCACACAACGCCGUCGCCCUCUUGCAUGGUGCUCGUGCCGUCCACGCUGCACCUGGCCGCAUCCACGUCCAGCGCUGCUGGCACACAGAACCAUGCCCUAGACAACACGCCUCCCUCGAUGGUGUCCUCGAGUGACGACCAGGUAAUGUUGCUUGCGGACGUGGAUGCGAGCAUGCGUGAUGUCGCAGACGUGUAUGCCACGCUGCUGCGUGCACUGACACCGAAAAUCAGUGGGGCUGCUGUGUGCAACUCUACCCCCGCCAGCGGCAGCGAGAAGCGCGCCUCCAAGUGGCGCAGGAGGCCUGUAGUCUCGCCGACGCAGUCCAAAGCGACUGGGCCGCAGCAGAAGGCGCAGCGCCAAUCUGUCGCCACGCCAGCCGACAAGAGUGCCGACGACUCCCCGGAUGAGUUGGACUCUCUUCUACCCCUUCACCAGCCUGCUGGGCCCACCAUGGAAGCAGCUAUGGCCAUGUUGCCCCUUCACCGAGAUGGCGUGGCCGGCUAUCAGGGACAGCUAAACCGCCUCUACACCGCCGAAGGAGCCCACAGUGUCACGCAAAGGCGGCUCUAUGAGGCAAUUCUUCGCGCCUACCAGCAGCACCGCAUUCACCCGGUGCACAUGGCGGCGGUGGAGUAUGCGGUGGGUUUGCCGCUGCUGGACCUUCGCCGCAGCGAUGGUGGCAUCGCGAAGGACAGGUCGAGUGAGUCGCUUACCUCGGAGGGCGAGGUGCCAGUGGACCUCAUUUUUGCCCAGGCAGGCGCUGCGCACGCGCAGCAUCGCGAGGUGAUCGCGCUUCUGGAGCUCAUUACGCCUACGACAGCGCGAGGGCUGCGCGCACUUACAAGGGAACUACGACAGAUGCAAGGCCUGCUCGAUCGCGAGGAUGAUGAAGCCGUCUUCGCUGGAGCUCUCAACGGAACUGGUCCACCGUGCACCUCACCGGUGUUCUUAUCCGCCGUGGAUGCAGCAGUGCUCGGGUGCGUCGUUGAUGAGCUGCGGUGGCGGCAGUGGCAGCACUCUGUGCUACCAAGCAAGAAGGACAGCAAGGACUCCUCUGACCCCGUGCCACUUUCGGCUGCUGGCGCUGCGCCUAGCGAGCUCGUUACGGCGCUAAUGCUGGCGCGCCGCCACAAGAGUAGAGGUGACAGCAGUAGCACCCCCACCGAGGACGGUGGUCCGGCUCUAGAAGAUGCCCGGGGCAUUGCUCACUACAUGGCCUUCUGCGCUGCGCCAGAGCGGGCCGCUGGCAACGCUCGCUCGAAGCGGAGAUCAUCUGUGCAGGGGUCCAGUGGAUCGCAGGCGUCUGAGGCAGAGGACCUGUUUCACCUAACCGACGUGCCGUUGAUGCCGAGCAAUGCGAGCGGCACCAGUCCAUUGGCUGCCGCCGGCAGCGACGACUCCGAUGUUGGCCUCAAGGUUGCACACGAGCUGGCGGCGCUCUUUAGCAAACGUCAUCCGCAAAGCGCGGAUGGCGGUGAUGACGGGGCCGCAGCGAUGCUUGCAGACAUCUAUCUCGAUGACGACGAGGGCGGGGGAGCGGGCAAGUUUGGCGGAGACUCGAACAAGGAGGCGAUGCGCAGUAUCCGGCGAGAACUGGAGUAUCUGCAGGCAGUGAAGCAACAGCGCAUGUGGGAGCUCAUGAUGCGGUUCGAGUUGCAGAAGGAGCGUAGCGCUGGCAACGACAGCAGCGGCAGCCGCCCGGCGAAGUGGGGCGUUGCUGGUGCGCACAGUGGCGAUGGCGGUGCCCUGCUGCCCUCCAUCGACCCCGACCGUCUCACCUUCGAGGUAAAAUCUGGUAGUCCUGCGUGGUACGGGAUGGAGGCUGCAAAACGGGUGCACAACAUCCUGCGCCGCCGCGCGCGUCCUGAUCAGAUCAUCGUCGGUGGCGGUCCGCACGGCGGCAGCGUUGGCAUCGAGCUCAGUCGCCGUACCGCGCAGCCGGCGCCAAGCACGGCAGGCAGCAGCAAGACUGGCAAUGUUGGCAGUGGUCUGCCGAGUCCGGAGGACGAGGGCUACGCACGCUCAUCUGGUGAAGAGGAGGCGUUGUACACCCUCAGGCCGUAUGCGUCAAAUCAGCAGCCCAAUCGCACUGAUGGGCGUGCCACUCCAUCCAUAGCACCCCUUCCCCCCCUGCGCCAGCAUGGGCUGUCACGGGCGCAGCAGUGGCACGCCACCCGCGCUGGCGGUGUUGCUGCUCAUUGCGAAGAUCAGGUCACCCUCAGCAAUCCGUAUACCCAGGACGGAAGCUUCGCCGGCCAUGGCUACAACACCACGCUGAUGGCAGCCGCGAGGUAUUUGUCGCCGCGCGACGUCCUGAGUUUGAAUGCCUACGGGCACAUGACCUCCGGCGGCGCUUACGACUACUCAGACACCAACCAACCUCUCUACACCGCUGGUGGGCUUAUCGACCAGGUCCUGGCGUACCGAGAGGCGCUGAUGCACGCUGCCGGCCGCGUUGUGCCAAUGCCAUCCAGCACCUACGCCAACGGGGCCCCGUACUGCUUGCCACUCUCGUCAUCGUCAGCGCCAUCGAGGCAGGUCGGCGUGUCUGGCAACCACCCCUACGACCCGCAAGACCGCCAACCGCCUUCACCAGUACCGCUGCCGGAGGUGACUUCGUGGGUGUACGGCGUCCCUGAGACGCACGCCUCAUCACUUGUACAACAACAGAUCAUUAGCUCGCAGCAGCAGCAGGAUACGCUUCUCUUCAUGCCCCGCUACGACCGCUCCCUGCUGGCCGAGGUCGAGGGGCGGCAGCGCGCGCGUGUGCCACCAGCGGUGCCAUCGGCACUGGUUCGCGGUCACGGCUUUCUGGCUGGUGCGGCUGCCGGUGCCUCCCCCUACACCACGCCCGCUGCCCUUGCUGCUCAGCGAUUACAGGCAAUGCUGAGCGUAUCCAUGGGUAACCCGUCCAUCGCCACAGCUGGACGCGGCACGGCGCUUCUGCCGACGCGAGGCUAUACUCUGCACCCACAGCGGUGCGACAGCGUCGCGGCAGCACCACCACUUUCAUCGGAGUCGCCUUCGACAAAGCAAGCUCUGGCCAGAGCCAACGCCGCAAGCGCCGGCGUCGACAGCACUGUGCCCUCUUCGCAGACCAGCCUAGGGGCAACGGGAGGAGGCGAAGUCUGGCAGCCGCACUGUGAGUCCUUCGCGUUUGACGGGAAGGACCCGAACCUCCUUGAUAGGACUCUGGGACCCCAGGGGGACGGUCCCUCGUGA